AUGCGACAGAACUGUAACAAUAGGAGAAGGUUGAUUUACAUCAACCUCAGUCAUCCCUUCAAAGAUUCCACCAGAUUAUACAACACGGUGUCUCAAUUCAACUAUCCUCUGGAACGUGCAGCAUUAUUAUUACCUCCACAACACCUCCACAACACCUCCACAACACCUCCACAACACCUCCACAACACCUCCACAACACCUCCACAACACCUCCACAACAUCUCCACAACACCUCCACAACACUUCCACAACACCUCCACAACACCUCCACAACACCUCCACAACACCUCCACAACACCUCCACAACACCUCCACAACACCUCCACAACACCUUCACAACACCUCCACAACACAGUCACAACACCUUCACAACACCUCCACAACACCUCCACAACACCUCCACAACACCUCCACAACACCUCCACAACACCUCCACAACACCUCCACAACACCUCCACAACACCUCUACAACACCUUCACAACACCUCCACAACACCUUCACAACACCUCCACUAA